AUGCGCAACGCCGCCUUGAUGUUCCGCCAAACUCUCCUCGCCGUGUCUUUCAUCCUCAUCAUCACAGACCUACUUGGAAGACCGACUCGCAGAGCUCCACUCAUCCCCAGGGUUACUAUGAUGACCCGAGCCAUCUAUGGGGACCCAUUCCAAUCGCCGCGCCUGAUAGGGUGCGAUUCGGAAGACGUGAUACCCGGAGAGUACAUGGUGAUUCUUAAGGGCGGAUAUCCACUAGAGCAACACAUGGAGGGCAUCGGCACCGAUCUAAGCUCAUCCAUUGAUUGGGUCAGCUCUGCGUCUCCUUCCCUGGGGACUUCCUACAGCGCGACCUUUGACAACGCGACGUUGACAGCCGUCCUGAAGGAUGCCGGCGUGAGGUUGGUGGAGUGCAAUCGCGAAAUGAGAUUCGAACCCCUCGAACCGGCGAUACCUGUGCAGGAACUCAGACGCUCUCCAGCGCGAGCUAAUUAA